UUAGUUGCCUUAUCAUUAAGAGGAUCCAUUUAUAAGCAAAAUACAGCCACCUACAGAAGAUUUGAUCUCGUAUUUAUUCCCUUUGCCUACAAGAUGUACAAGCCAGUGCACGAGCCGAAGCCAGCAAAAACUCAAUCCUAAGUUCCUAACCAAGCUAAGAGCGCACACCAUGGCAGCCAGGCUCCUCCUCCCCUUGCUCAUCAUCCUUCUCGUUGGCUCCCACGGGGCGUUUGCCUCCGUGGAGGAGACGUGCGCGAAGGCGAUGGAGGGAUCUGAGCGCAAGAACCUCAAGUCCUUCUGCGUGACGACGCUCCAGGCGGCGCCGGGGAGCGCCUCCGCGGACGCGAAAGGGCUGGCCGUGAUCGCCACGAACCUGACGCUGGCCAAUUACACGGCGGCGGUGGCCACAAUCAAAGAGCUGCAACGGCGCGGGGGCUGGUCGGACAAGCAGCAGGCCGCGCUGGGCACGUGCCGCCGCCGGUACAUCGAAGCGCUCAACGUGGUGCACAGCGCCGUCCACUCGCUUGCCACCGGGCGGAAGCAGGCGUACGUGGCCGAGAUGGGCGCCGUUAGGAGGUCCGCCACCGACUGCGCCGACGCGUUCGGCGGUGGCGCCCCAGCGGCGAAAGGGGAGGAGGCGCCUCUGCGCAAGCUGAACGACAACGCGGAAAACCUGACCACAAUGGCCAUGUUGAUCGUGAUCACGCUGUAGCGGGCACAUGGUACGUAGAUCUUGCCGUACGUGAUCAGCGUCAGGCGGACCAGUCGUAACUGAAUGUGUGAUUUGACUUGUUUGUGCCGUAAAAUUCAUGUUUGCUUGCUAUCUUGGGAUUUUCUUAGCUCAUACAUAUGUUUU